CCUGGAUUCUUUAUUCCUGCCAAUAAAGCCCGCAUGACUUUCAACCUCACGUCCAGCCCCGCGAGGGCAACACCAUGUCUGCUGCAUGCAAAUCCAAUCUUGAUCCGUAUGGGCCUUCUAACUAAUUAUAAGAUGAAUAAUUUUUUAUAUAUCUAGUAUCUGAGCAUUCCUAGCGCAGAGCCUUAGGUACUCAUGGACGGACGAAAAAUCAUGCGGCACUUCAACACGUUGUGACACCCAGCGACCACUUAAGAGAUCUUGCAAUACGCUGAAACACUCCACAGAACCUCGGUGUCCGCCUAUUACAUAAGUAACAGCGUUGAACGUGCUGGUCGAAAUUGCUCAUAAUGAAAAGCUCGACGUUGUUUGGUGGACGCGAUAUAGAUGAAACCACUGUAGGGUAGAAGGAAACUUGAGGAUGGUAAUGCAUCGUUUGUCUCUUUGUUGAUUGUGUUUGAUACGAGCUAGCUAAUAAGCAGGAAAAUGGCCGUUCCUUAAAUCCACGAGCGGCACAGCACUGCCCUUGCAAGAAAACCAGAUUUAGCUUUCACGCUAUAGGAACGUGCGUGACUAUCAGCCUCCUACUGACCACAAUUAUCCUACAGAAACAACGAAUAGCGGAACGAACUUGCCAGCCUUUCGACAGUAGGGGCAUUGGAGCCGGCGCUGUUUUCCCUCCUCCACUUCCUCACGCGCAACACUGUCCUCCAGCACCCAUUUGUCCGCCAGUUUUUUUGUGCAUCUACAUAAAACAGACCAUGUCCACACGGCUCUAUGAAGGCCCAUUCUCCAGCCUUGUGUAUAGGUCCCCGACGAUAGCAUAUCGCACAAUCGUGUCCGUCGAUGCCGAGCAGUGUUUCGGAAGCCAAAUCUUGCUUCUUGCUCACCUGACUAAGCAAUUUCUCAGCGCUUUUGGCCGUACGCUGGAAAGGUGUCAGUACUUUGUUGAGCUGUCCGAGCUCAGCGGCGAUACGACCCAACUGCUCAUUUUGGUGGCCGCGCAUGCUCCCAAACUCAGUGACGCUGUCUUUCAAUCCAAGUCUGGUCAAGUACAUGCUGUGCCACGUGGGUUCAGUUCUCAGUACACCUCGCGCUUUCCUUCGGGCGGUUAGCAUUAGAUUCUAUGCAGAAGUGGUAAAACUGGGCGUACGCUUCUUGGGUGGACCAUGACUAGCCGGUCUCUCGCUGAUGGGAUCAGCGAUCGAGAGUCACUUCCGGCCAGCUCGUACAGCAGCAGAGCGGCCAGUUGUGCGCUCAUCUGCUCCGCCUUCGCCACCUUCGCCGAUGAAUGCUACAGUGCGACCACAGGCAGGUGCUGCAGAAGAAGGGCCGGCGAUACUCUCAUCUUCCUCUUGAUCAUCAACAAGAUUAACGACUUCUGUAGGAACAACGCUCAAAGCGCGUAUCGCAGCAGAGCCGACGGAUUGCCUGCCUCCCCCGCCGUGGCCAUUCUCCGUAGAGCUCUCAUUUCCUAUGCGGCCAGCGGACUCCCUGAAAGCUUCUUGAUCAGAACCAGUAGCACCGCUACCGCCACGCACACGACUGAGGUCGUAGAAUACAGAGUGGCUUGGUCUGAAUGCUGCAUCAGGAUCCGAUCGACUACUUCGUCUAGUUGUGUCUAGUUGUGUUCGUUGGCAUCGUGAAGUGAGGUACAAGCGGUGCUGAGCAGGCUGGUGAUGAGAUGAACCGAGCGAGGGGGGGGGGGAGG